UAUACAGCAACCAACCCUCCGGCGGCAUUUUGUGUCUCGGCCCAACUGGAAAAGGUGUUUCAUGAGGAGAGGCGUUGCCUAAUCGCCAGUGGGCGGGCGCCGGUGGAGCGGACGAGCCAAUGAGUGCAAGACGUUGAGUGACAGCUGUCCAAUAGGGACCCUCAGUGCUGGCAUGGUUUGCGCCUUAGGCGCCGCCGGGGCCUGAGGAAUGUCAACUAUUCAACAUGGAGGAGGAGGUCGAUAAGCUGGAAUUGAUGUUCCAGAAAGCUGACUCUGAUCUGGAUUACAUUCAGAACAGGCUGGAAUAUGAAAUCAAGACUAAUCAUCCUGAUUCAGCAGGCGAGAAAAAUCCAGUUACACUCUUACAGGAAUUGUCAGCAAUAAAGUCCCGAUAUCAAACUUUGCAUGCACGCUUUAAGCCAAUUGCUGAUGAGCAGAAAGAGACUAAGAGCCGCAUUUAUGCUACUUUCAAUAAGACUAUGACCAUGAUACAAGAACUACAAAAGCAAACAGACCUGGAGCUGUCACCACUGACCGAAGAAGAGAAAACUGCGGUACAGCAAUUAAAAUCUCACAUGUCAGAUUUAUGAAGAAAUGGACUUGCAAAAGGGAACUCUGGUGGAGAAGAGAUCAAUUCCAGAGAUAUUUAGGAAAAUGUCUUGUUAGCAUAUGGAGGUGGAGUAUGGUGAAAGAGAAGAUUUGGCCUGGGUGACUGGAUAGUGAUGCCUUUCACAAGAGGGAAAUAUAAGGACCGAUAUGAAUACAUUUCAGUCAAAAGGAUGGAAUGGGAAAAGGUUUAAAUAUAUGCACACUUAGUUUUGCAAUUUCAGGCAAGGAAGUCUUAACACUAUUUUGUAUCUGUUUUUGUAUAAUCAGGAUAACAAAGAUGUCCUAUCAUAAAAGAAUGUUUAUGUACUAUCAGUCAAAUGUGAAUGAAUGUGCAUUGGAAAUUAAAGAUGGAAAAAUAUUUGUAUUAUAUUAUACAUUAUAUAUAUGUAUAGAAUUUUCUAUUUUUGAAAAUUUUAAUUGAAGAUGUGGUCACAUUAUCGGUGAGAUUGCUAAGUGACCUAUAGUGUCCCAUAAAACGUAAUCUUUGUAAUAAGCUGGUUUUCCUGUGACAGCCUCUUUUAUUUUUGUCCUAUUCCUUCUGCUUGGUAAUGUUGAGCAAUAUGAGUUCUGCUUUCAAAUGCUGUUUUAGGUUGUCUUUAUUGAAUUUCUUUUAAAAAACAUUUAAAAUCAAUAUUUUUAUCAUUUUGUUCUUUAUUGAGCUAUUUUGUUGAUAAAAUGUAGUCCUUUGAUUGC